UAGCCACUGCCAAUGUCAGCUGGAAUCCACCUUCCUCACCUUCCCAUCAUCAUAACAUCCCACCAACUCCGGUCUCAAAUUUCUUGGUUCAAAUAUGAUAUCUAUCAUAUAAUAUUAUUAUACUUCGUCGCCUUCGAGCUCAAGCAUAACGGGCCGAUGUCAACGGCCGCCUCCCUCUUUCUCCUACCAAAUCUUUUAUUCUCUCCACCAAAACCCCAUGGACUGCUCCCCCUUCGUCCCAAUUCCAGGGUUAGGGGUAGGUUUAGGGUUCCGAGUACCCUCGUCAGUUGCGGCACUGGUGGCGGCAAGAAGACGGCGGCCUCCCGCUCCGACAUGGACUCGCCGGCCGUGGACUGCGUCGGUACCGGCGCCGAUGUCGAGUGCUUCGUGCCUGAGUCCUCCUCCGAGGGCGACCAGCUGCUGCCGCCGCCGGCGAAGAAGAGACCGGCGGCGAGCUUCGAGAUUGGGAGAGGGGAAAUGGGGGAGGGUUCCGACGUUGGGUUGGUCCAGAAGGCUUUGGAUUGGGCGCUCCUGGUGUCGCCCUUCUUCUUCUGGGGCACGGCCAUGGUCGCCAUGAAGGAGGUGAUCCCCAAGACGGGGCCUUUCUUCGUCUCGGCCUUCCGGCUGAUCCCGGCAGGGGCUCUUUUGAUCGGUUUCGCAGUGCUGAGGGGGAGGAAGCAGCCGACCGGGGCUUUUGCGUGGCUCUCCAUCGUCUUGUUUGGGGUCGUGGAUGCUGCUUGCUUUCAGGGAUUUCUGGCUGAGGGUUUGCAGAGGACAUCGGCGGGAUUGGGCAGUGUCAUCAUUGAUUCCCAGCCUUUAACAGUUGCCAUACUUGCAGCGGUGUUGUUUGGUGAAACAAUUGGUGCAAAUGGAGCUGCUGGCCUUGUACUUGGUGUUAUUGGGCUUCUACUUCUUGAGUCAGUGAUGUCUAUCCUACAGGUUCCAGCACUUUCAUUUGAAGGAAAUAGUUCAACAAUAUGGGGCAGUGGGGAAUGGUGGAUGUUUCUUGCAGCUCAAAGCAUGGCAGUAGGAACGGUCAUGGUCCGUUGGGUGUCCAAGUAUUCCGAUCCUGUCAUGGCCACUGGAUGGCACAUGGUUAUUGGUGGGAUCCCUCUGCUGGUGAUAUCUGUAAUCAAUCAUGAUCCUGCUACGAGUGGGAAUAUUAUGGGACUAACAUCCAAUGAUCUUUUAGCACUUUGUUACACCUCUAUUUUUGGAAGUGCAAUAAGCUAUGGUGUAUACUUCUACAAUGCAACUAGAGGUAGCUUGACAAAACUCAGCUCCCUCACAUUUUUAACUCCAAUGUUUGCUUCAAUUUUUGGGUUCCUCUACCUAGGUGAGACGUUCUCACCUUUGCAACUGGCUGGUGCUCUAAUCACAGUGGUAGCUAUUUAUAUGGUCAAUAGUCGCGACACUGUAGAUGAAGCAUGAAGAAGUGAUUGGUCGCAGCUGGUGGUUGAUUGAUACCAUUACUAGUGUACUUGCUGGUAAAUGAUUGUAUUUGGUGCAGUUCUUUUGCAAAUACGAGUAGGUAUUGAUUGUAUUCAAUACACCAUGUGAAUCCAAAUUGACAGGAGACAAUCCUGGUAAAGGCCUUCAUUUUUCUUCGGCAUGUCAGCUCCAGUUACCCAGUGAAGCAUGCGAGCAAGACCAAUUUGCCAGUUAAUUCUUGACGUAUGAAAUCUUGAGAUAAAUCUCUCCUUGCUCAGAUAGAUAAAACAGGAAGUCAUGCAUAUCAAGGCUCAUAGGGACAAAAAUUACAAGCAGCAUUUUAUGAUUCUACCCUUGUCACAGCUGUGCUAGGUGGAUAUACUUUGGUUUUGUUCUUCUUCCAAAUCAGAAUACUGUUCAGCACAAGUGGCAUGGCACUAAAAACUUUGCUCGUUGUGCAUUUUAUGUAUACAUUUGAUUUUUGAGAGGAAUUUAUAUAAUGCAAUUUUUACUACAUACUGGUUA